AGUGUAAUAGUUAUCUUCUUCGCUUUGAAUACGAGGGAAACCGGGCAAGGUUCUCAUUAGGUUAGCCAAUUUCAAUUUCUCUUUCACAUAAAUUCAAAUAAAUUAUUAAAAGAGAAAAUUAAAUGAAGAGUAGUUGUUGUUGUACUUGUAGAUCACCAGUUGCAGUUGUUAAAAAUUCACCGAGGAAUAUGAGCUCUGUAUCGUUACCGUCAAAAGUACCGAUUCGGUUUGCGGUUGUGCCUCCCGGUACAAGUCUUUCCAGCGUGAGGCGGACUGUGGAUAUGAAUUCUAGGGCUUUUGGUGCUAGAGCUUCUAUGGUUGAUUCCUAUGAAAGUUCCUCCAAUUUUAUUAGGCGUAUGGAACAAGCUUGGUUAAUUUCUCAGCAACCAAUGCCUGUUUCUUGCUCUUCUUGCCACUCGAACGGGCAUAUUGAGUGCAAAUGGUGUCGAGGCACAGGCUUCUUUAUUCUUGGUGAUAACAUGCUGUGCCAAGUUCCUUCCCGGAACACUACUUGUGUGAUAUGUGCAGGAAGGGGUUCGAUGUGUUGCUCUGAUUGUAAGGGAACAGGAUUUCGAGCCAAAUGGUUGGGGGAGCCUCCUAUUCCUAAGUAAGAGGUGGAAUCUCAAGUUGUUGCCAGUUUACAACUUAGAUGGUUGUAAGAGAUAUCAAAGUGACAUUUCAUUCAUGUUCUCAUUUGUUUUCCCAUUCCUGUUGCAGAAAAUUAUGAUCAACUGAUGAUACUUAUAGUGUCUUUUUAAUUCACAUUUCACAGAACAAACAUACCAUGUAUUAAUUUCAUUUGUAAUUAAAAGUCACCCCAUCUCACCAAUGAAUAUAAACCUAUACUGUAUUAUUUGAAUUCUUAUAA